GCGGUAAUGUUUGAACUCUGAACUGUGUCUGUGGCUCACGCAAGAGACCAUGUCUCGCUUCACUCAGCCCAGCCAGGACGACAGCGGGCACGUCCUGGUCGCAAGAAUGGACAACGCAAAGAGCCUGUCAUCUCUCUUGAAAGCUGUGCACUUUAGAGAGGUGUGCACGUGUUUCCUAAGCGCCCAGGGGCUCAAAGUGACGGUGGAGCAGUCCAAGUGUGUACAGGCCAAUGCGUUCAUCCAGGCCAGCCUCUUCCAGCAGUUUGUCUAUCGCAGUGAUGCCUCCCUCGCCUUCAAAAUAAACCUCUCUGCUCUCAUUGAGUGUCUCAGUAUAUUUGGAGGGGGCAGUGGGGGGCAGGAGGGCCAGCACACGGCACUCAAGAUGUGCUAUAUGGGAUAUGGAAGUCCACUCACCUUGCUGCUGGAGGAGUCUGGUGUCCUCACAGACUGCAGCAUACAGACUCAGGACGCAGACGAAGUCCUGGACUUUGAUUUCUGCAGCUCCAACGUAGUUAACAGAGUCAUCUUGAAGGCCGACUGUGUGCGAGAGGUGUUUGCUGAGCUCGAUAUGUCGAGUGACUCGCUGGAGAUCCUGCUCUCCCCCUCUCCUCCCUUCUGUCGCCUCUCCACUUCUGGCUUUGCCGGAACCACUCAGAUUGACUACCCAAAGGAUUCUGAUAUGAUGCAAGUCUUUGAGUGCCAAGAGACCCUCCAAUACAAGUACAGACUAGCUCUUUUGAAGCCUUGUCAGAAGGCAGUCAACCAGUCGACCAAGAUAUCGAUAAGGAUGGACAGACGAGGCUUCCUCUCGCUCCAGUGCAUGAUACUCACCAAUGACAAGCAGGUCUGCUUCGUGGAGUACCUGUGUGUUCCUGAUGAAGAUGGUAGUGAUGUUGGAUAG